CACACCCCAGCCCCCAGCUAUAAGGGCCCCCGCCCCAAGCAGGGUGUCCAGGCUGUGGAGGUGUCAUGGCCAAGUCACACCUGCUGCCAUGGCUGCUGCUGCUGGCCACACUCUGUGGUCCAGGCACUGCAGCUGCUGGGACCACCUACUCCCUGGCCUGUGCCCAGGGCCCCGAGUUCUGGUGCCAAAGUCUGGAGCAAGCAUUGCAGUGCAGAGCCCUAGGGCACUGCCUGCAGGAAGUCUGGGGACACGUGGAAGCCGAUGACCUGUGCCAGGAAUGUGAGGACAUCUCCCGCAUCCUCACCAAGAUGGCCAAGGAGGCCAUUUUCCAGGACACAGUGCGCAAAUUCCUGGAGCAGGAGUGCAAUGUCCUUCUGCUGAAACUCCUGGUGCCCCAGUGUCGUCACCUGCUGGACACCUACUUCCCUCUGAUCGUUGACCACUUCCAGAGCCGGAUGAACCCGAAGUUCAUCUGUCAGCACGUGGGCCUAUGCAAGCCCAGACACCCAGAGCCGGGGCAGGGGCCAGAGCCAUGGGGCCGUCUGCAGGACAUGCUGGUUCUCCCCCUGCUGCCAGAGGCCCCCCAGGUCAAGCCUGGGCCUCAGACACAGGACCUCUCCGAGCAGCGGUUCCCCAUCCCCCUCCCCAUCUGCUGGCUCUGCCGGACUCUGAUCAAACGGAUCCAGGCUGUGAUUCCCAAGGGUGUACUGGCCAUGACUGUGGCCCAGGUGUGCCACGUGGUACCCCUGCUGGUGGGCGGCAUCUGCCAGUGUCUGGCUGAGCGCUACGCUGUCAUCCUCCUGGACACGCUGCUAGGCCGCAUGCUGCCCCAGCUGGUCUGCGGCGCUGUCCUCCGGUGCUCCAGCGAGGACAGUGCUGGCCCAGCCCUCCCUGCCCUGGGGUCCCUGCCUGGAGAAUGGCUACCACAAGACUCUGAGUGCCAGCUCUGCGUGUUUGUGACCACCCAGGCAGGGAACAGCAGUGAGCAGGCCAUGCCACAGGCAAUGCGCCAGGCCUGCCUGGGCACCUGGCUGGACAAGCAAAAGUGUGAGCGGUUUGUGGAGGAGCACGCGCCCCGGCUGCAGACUCUGGUGUCCAGCGGCUGGGAUGCCCACAGGGCCUGCCAGGCCCUGGGGACAUGUGCGACUCCGUUCAGUCCUCUCCAGUGUUUCUACAGCCCCCACUUCUGAUGAGAACGCACAGCCAUGGCAGGCUGAACUCAAGGCUCCUGAGGGCCCCGGCAGCACCAUCUCGACUGUCCUCUCUCAAUCCCACUCAUCCCCCUGCUCAGAAUCCCAGUGGCGUUCAGUGCCAGGCCCGGCUCCCAGCUUGCUGGCCCUCCCACAGCCCAGAGGCACCUUCCGCGGCUGAGCAUGGCUUUCCCCUCACAGAUCACCCUCUGUACUCACUGAUCCUCAGUACCAAAUGUGCUUACACCAAGGCCUGCCUUUCCUGAAACUCAGGGGACACCAGACAUUGCUCCCUAAAGACACCAGGAACUCCUCCAUCGCCUGACUCCUCCUACCUGAGACUCCUCCCAGUCUCCCUCAGUGUCACUGGGUCAGAGGUCAGAGGUGACCCCUUAGGACAGAAGGGCGGGUCAGGUGCCUCCAGAGACGGAAGCGCCCCUGAGAGCAGACUUCACAGUUCUGCCCAGAGCAAGACCCCCAACAUGAAGGUCAUGUAUUCAUCUCUUUUCACUCAUUUUUUUACAACGCAAUGAGUAUCUGUGACCAGGCCACAUUCUCGGAGCAAGGGCUAGAGGUGUGAAUAAAACAGUGAGCAACCCCCCACCUCAACCCUCCUGGAGCUCAUGCCCCAGGGCCCAUCUGCAGGUGGAGGGGAGUCCAGCCUGCUCCAGACACCCUGGAGAAUCACGAGCCCCUGGGGGAAGUGGUGGGGAGGAAGUGUCUGUGACAAUUCAGACCCUCCCUGCAGGGACAAGUUUAAUGUCAUCCCUCCUCAUUGAUGCCAGCUGCUGGGGCCAGGGGGCGGGGGCGGAGGUCAGGAAGCUGCCAGAAAGAGCUGGGCCUUCCAGCCCUAUUGAAACAGGAAGAGGAGUGGUUGGCACAGAAGGCCUGGGCUCUGGUCUGAACUCUGCCAGCCCCUGGCCAUGGGUCCCCAGCCAAGACACACCACCUGUCUCUGGCCCUCACUCUUCUCAGUGACAAAGGCAGAGCUGGGUGAGGUGGUCUUCACGACUCUCCGUAUGACUAGACCCCACCUCUGGCUCCCUGCCCUGCCCACACUGAGAAGUGUGGGCUUCAUUCCCAGGCUCCCCUUCCCCAUCUCCUUUCCUCCAAAGGCUCUGAGGCUGGUAGGCCACAGGCCCACAGAUGGUGCCUUCAGUCCUGGGUCAGCCUGGUAUGUCUAAUCUCUAACCACAGCCUGGAACCAGAGGCACUUCCGUCCACUUUGGGAGUGAGGGGUGGCCAAGGCCUCAUCUUCUGGACAAGGAAUGCCCACGGGGCUUCCGGCCCAGGGCCACCUGCACAUCCCACCAGAGCCAGCCCAACUCUCACUGGGCUGAGGGGACCUUGUCGUGGGCCCCCAGUCCUUCUCCAAGUCCUGGCAUCAAGGGACAGUGGAGGGAGAAUCCUGUGCUGGCCUCACUCCCAUCUCCAUGUGCAUGAGAUACUGGCUUUUACAAUCCCUCUGCUAACACUUCCACAAAAUUAAGAAUUCAGAAUAAAAAAAUGGGAACAGAAAGUCCCAGAAAAGACAGA